CCGAUUGACCACGACCAGGCUCUCAAUGGCACAAUGGCGGCCUACGCGGAGCAGCUUCUUGUGUGCACCGGUCAGAGGGACUGGACGAGCCGCAUAGAGGAUGAUGGUGAGGGACACAGCUGGGGGGAUCUCGUGCGGGGUCUGAAGGGUCUACUCGGACGCGGCGGGCGAUUCGCCGACCCCUACCAUAAUAUCCUCAUCACGAAUUCCUCGUUCGCGCCGUCCUCGCAAACGUCACCAGCCUCGUCCUCGUCCCAAGCAGCAGCCUCCGCCUUCCUCUUCCCCAGCUUCAAAUACUUCCCUUCCAUCCCCACUCAACCAUCCGCGGAGAACACAGAGAACACAGACCUCUCAACCUUCGUCCAAGCCCAUCUCCUCCCCACCAAAGCGCGACACGGCGGCCCCAGCCGCCGCCCGGAACUAGCGUCCGCCCUCCCCGAGGCCAUCGACCUCCGGCACUCGCCCGUGGUCCUCAUCUGCGGGCACGGCGGGCGCGACAUGCGCUGCGGCGUGAUGGCGCCCGUCCUGGAGACGGAGUUCCAGCGCGUGCUGCGCGAGAAAGGGUUCGCCGCUGCGGACGGCGACGGCGACGGCGACAACGCGGCGAGGAUUGAUCGCCCGGACCGGGCGCAUGUCGGGCUGAUCAGUCACAUCGGCGGGCACAAGUACGCUGGAAACGUCAUCGUGUAUAUCCCGCCGGGGAUGACGGUGGUCGGGGAGGACUCAGCUUCGGCGGUGCUGCAUCCGCUGGCCGGGAAGGGGAUCUGGUAUGGGCGCAUUGAGCCCCGGCAUGUGCAGGGCGUGGUGGAGGAGACGAUUCUGGGCGGGAGGGUGCUGGCGGAUCACUUUCGGGGUGGGGUGGAUCGGGAGAGUGGGAUUUUGCGGUUGUGA